AACUGACUUGAAGCACAAGGGUAGUAUCACUUGCGAUUUAGCAGUGCCGUGAGACAGUUUGUGACAGAUAUGGCCAAGUCCAACCCUAACUUCUGCCGUUUCUACAGAGAAAAAGUUUGUAAAGGGCUUGAUAAGCUCGUUGAUCAGGCCACUGAUGGAGGCUGCCCGUCCUUCGCCGUUAGCAUGACUCCGAACGGCGGACUCAUUGUCCACGACAGUACUGGUAUUUUUAAGGCCUUCGUAAGUGACCACCUACGGGAGUUCACAGAAGUUUUCUGUGAGGCUGAAGAGAAGCGAAGUGCAACUUCGGAAGAAUCUUCUACGGCCGUGCCGAACAACACGGUCAUCCUGCCGCUUCCGGAGGUGCGAUGGUCCCAGCUGACAAACGAGAAGAUGCGGCAGCUGAUUCCGUGCUACACCAAGCUGCUUACCGGACGUGGCCAGCCUGGAUGGGGGAAGCCCGGGAUGCAGCCGUCCUGGUGGCCGGAGGACCGAUACCCCUGGUCAACGAUAGACCCGAAGAGCGGGGUAUUCAAAAAGCCAGAGGGAUCUGGAUACUCGAAAGAGGAGUGGCAAUUCACAUUGCAGUGUGUGGUGAGGGCCGCCAUCGUUGAGUCAGGAUUUGAACCUGACUCAUUCUACCGCGAUGGACAGCCCAAGCGACUCCAUCGGCCCGACAGCCCAGACAGAAGCCGAGGCCUGGACAGCCCAGGGAGUGAAGACCCGCUCGACACCUCUAGCCCUGCCGGGUCAGGCGGGCUACCUGACUCCUCACUCGACACCUUUAGUCCUGCCGGGCUACCUGACUCCCCGCUCGACACCUCUAGCCCUGCCGGGUCAGGCGGGCUACCUGACUCCCCCACCUCAAGCCCUGCCGGGUCAGACGGGCUACCUGUCACCCCCACCGGGAGGUCGCGACAACCACAGAGAGAGCUGGGCAAUCGCACCUUGGAGAUGCAGCGUCAACCUCAGGUCAAUGAGGACAUUCAUGCUAGGAGGGGGAAAAAGCGACAAGCUGACUUCAUGACAACCACGUGCACACCAAAGCGACCACGCAACCAAAGGAUUCGAAACCCAAAAAUGCCGUACACACCGUCGACAUACCAAUGAACUGGCGUAAUGCAUAUAAUUUGCUCUUUGUUUGCUCUUUAUUUUUUCAUUCCCGUUGCGUAAAAUUUAAGUUCUAGCAUACAUUACUUUCAUGUACUUUUAUAUUUUGUCGCUAUACUAUUGCAUUAGCUGAGAUUUGUUUCAUGAAUAAUAUUUGGUGUUUGUUUUAUCUAAGUUUGCAAUAGUUUAUUAUCAUUAGUUAUCAUUUGUUAGCCUCAUUAUUAAUAUUUGGUGAGUUUCAAGGAAGAGGAUAUAUAAAAAAAUCUAGACGGACUGUACAUUUUGUAUUUUCAGUUUUGAUGUAUUGUAAUCGCACUUGUAAAGUAUUUCGAAUUUUUUUAUGAAAUUUCAAUUGUUGUGACUUGGUUGAUGAAUAACUUUUACUUUUUGAACGCUCCAUAUCUAAUGC